AUGACUGUCACCUAUUCACUAGAUGUCGCUAACUCUUCAUUCUUUUGUUUAUACAGGUUGCUGUUCAGGUGGAAGGGAUCAAUAUGGAAAUCGAUAUGGGCAGAGUUGUUGGUAUGGUUGGUACUUUACGCACUGCUCAGUAUUAUCUAUAGAGUUGCUCUGACAAAACCACAGAGAGAGGUUUUCGAGGAUCUAUGCGUGUUUUUCGAUACCUAUUCCUCAUUUAUUCCAAUUACAUUUAUGCUAGGUUUUUAUGUGUCGGCUGUUUUCUCGCGAUGGUGGCAAAUAUUCGAUAACAUUGGCUGGAUUGAUACGCCAGCCUUAUGGAUUACGCAGUAUGUUCUUGGGAAGACCGAACGGGCACGUUUGUUACGUCGUACGUUGAUACGGUACCUGGUUCUCACGCAAGCGAUAGUGUUCCGUGAUGUUUCUGCCGGCGUACGAAAGCGCUUCCCUACAAUGAACCAUCUUGUGACAUCUGGUUUGAUGACGGAAAAGGAGUUGGAGGAGUUCGAAUCAAUCAUCACAACAUAUCCGAAGUACUGGGUGCCUAUGAACUGGGUGUUCAGAUUGAUUCGUGUUGCCUGGGAAGAGAAGAAUAUUCCCGGCGAAGUUGUUUACGUCGAUCUCAUGGAGAAAAUUCGUCAAUACCGAGUACAGAUAUUGAGUUUGACCUUAUACGAUUGGGUACCAGUGCCUCUUGUGUACACUCAAGUUGUUCAUCUGGCUGUUAGAACUUACUUCAUGGUCGCGCUGCUUGGACGACAAUACCUUCAUCCGGAUAUAGAGAGCAUGCGCUACUCCGUCCGCUUUCAUAUUGAUCUCUAUAUACCGAUUAUGUCAAUUCUCCAAUUCAUCUUCUUCGUCGGUUGGAUGAAAGUUGCUGAAGUUCUACUCAAUCCACUCGGUGAGGACGACGAUGAUUUCGAAUGCAAUUACAUACUGGAUCGAAAUCUGCAGGUCGGGCUGAACGUCGUCGAUAAUGCUCACGACUCUUAUCCAGAAAUGGCUCGUGAUAAUUUCUGGGAAGAUAGCUUGCCCGAGCCGCUUUACACUGCCGAAAGCGCUCAACGAACCAUCAAUCCACAAGUCGGCAGCUGCGUCGAAAUGUGUACCAGUGAUGAACCGUUUAUGAUACAUCCUCGACGCCGAACAGCACCUCGAGCUUCAGUUUGGGAAGGCGAAGUGGAAAACGACACAAUAGUACCAGUUAUUGGAAGUGACAACAGUCCCUCCACCAGUGAUCUCAAUCCGUUUUCACGGUCGCACAAUAGUCAAAGCAGAAAGAUAUCAAAUAUGUAUAAGAGAAUGCAAGGCGGCCGCAGAUUCAAAUCCAUUUUCUGA